GAUUAAUGAGACAAAAGCUCAUCCCCAUCCCCCUCUCUCCCUAAUUUUCGGCCAUCCCUCAUCCAGCAAGAGCAAGAGAGCUUCCACCUUCCUUCUCCAUUGUUGAAGAGAGCUCAACAAGAAGAAAUCCCAAGAAAAGGAACUAAAGUGCUAAAAGUGUGAAUAAUUAAGGCACUUGUAAAGGGUGUUUCAAGUGAUUUCACAAAGUUGGAAAAGUCGCCGGAGUUGUCGCCGGAGUUGACCAAAAGUCGCCGGAGUUUCACCGGAGUUCAACCAAGAAGGGUAGAACUUCAAAACGCUAGCUCAAGGUUGAAGCUAGAGCUUGCUACUUGCACCUUCUCACGGGUGAUAUCACAUCAGGAAGACGUGGUUCGUGCUUCCUUAUUUUCUUUCAAACUACCGAACACUUGCUCAUGGAUAUUUGUUUACUAUAAACACUUUUUGGGCUUGCAUGCCCAUGUUGUUGGCCGGUUGUGGCUCAUGACUUACCGUUGAAUAUUUCCGCUAUUCAUUGGUUUAAAUGUGAUGUUGUUAUGUAUGUUUACUACUGAGUAUGGAUGAAUUGUUUUCUCGAACGCCUUGUGUAAUUAAGUGAGGCUGACUCGUGGGUGACGUCACUUAGUUAUACGGCGGUUGUACACGCGCUUGGAUUGCGGUCUGGGGCGUGACAAUUAAGUGGUAUCAGAGCCAUCUCAGUUCUAAACUAUAUAAUCAACCUCUCACAAAAGAUUUUGCAAAAGAGUUUUUACCGAAAACCAUGAGCAUUGUAUUUUGACGUUUAUAGGACUAUUGGUGCUUAAGUUGCAAGGCCUCUACUUGUUAAGACGGUACCCUUAACAAUUGGUAUGGUAGUGACUUGGGCCAAUACGUGUCUGUAACGUUCUUCCGUCAGUUGACAUUUAUAGGAGUCUAAUGGCUCAUCCAUAUUUCUUUCAGAAAUGGAGGGCAGGCGAAUGAGGACCAGGAACAAUCCGAGGGGGCAGGCGCCGGUAGUAUCCCAAAGGGGAAGCCGGGCUGCAUCUCGGGGUUCGAGAGGAGGCCGUGGAGGCCGUGGAAGCCGUGGAGGUCAUCAAGCUCAAUCUGUGAGUGGUGGCCAUGUAAGCUCGGUGUAUGAAACCAACACCGAGGACUAUGACUCAACCUACGUUCCAGAAACGGAGCAUGAGGAGACCCCGUAUGAUGGGGGGGACACAUACACCGAUGAUGACGAUGAGAGUGAUGCCCGAUUCGCCCAGAUGGGUGAAUUACUUGAGUGGUAUCAAAAGGAGAAACUGAGGAGAGACCUUAGGCGCCAAGCGAGGCGUGGCUCUCGUGGUGGUUCGGGUCAAGGAAGCCGGGGAGCUUCCGUGGCCACCCCAGCGGCGUCACAAGGUGGGCGUGAAGGAGGUUUUGUUGUGAGAAUCUCCAAGUACCUCAAGGAGGCUAGGGCCUUGGGGUGUAGGUCCUUUGACGGCACCGGUGACAUUACCGUUGCCGCCGAUUGGAUUAAGAAGGUGAAGGAUGCAUCAAGAGACAUGCAAAUCACACCGGACGUGAAGUUGACUGUCGCUUCACGGCUACUUGAAGGGAUAGCUUCUACGUGGUGGGAGAGCGUGGAAGGGAAGUACCAUGGGGAAAUAACAUGGGCGGACUUUGAGCUAGAGUUCUAUGCUCAAUACUACUCCGAGUACGAGGUGAAUGUGAAACGGAGAGAGUACACUAACCUUAAACAGAAAGAGGGCGGCACAGUUAAGCAGCUGGAACAAGAGUUUAGAACCUUGGCUAGGUUCUUACCAGAGUACGCGGUUGAUGAGAACCGUAUGACGGAGCACUUUUGGGAUGCCUUACUCUUGGACAUCCGUGAUCGGGCUACGUACUCGCGCCACAUGACCUUUAGCGAGGUGGUGGAGCAGGGCCUUCUUGGGGAGGCCCAAUGGAAUGAAAGAAAAGAGAGGGACGCCGAAGAGGCGAAAAAGAGGAAAUGGCAUGGUUCGGGGCCGCCCGAGCAGGCACGGAGGGAUAAACACGGCGGAGGUGGGGGUUCGUUCAAAACACCGGCACCACCGGCAAAGAAGAACAGGGAUGCUCGGUGGCAUGCAUCCUCCUCUCAAAAGACGGGACCCCCUAGGUGUGCUAAUUGUUCGAAAAAUCACUUUGGGAAAUGCAACGCACCCCCGAGGUGUUAUCAAUGUGGAAACACGGGCCACAUGAAGGCCAAUUGCCCACAACUAGGAGGAGGAGGAGCUCCGGGAUCCGGAGGAGGAACCACGACGGGAAGGAACCGUGCGGGGCCGUCAAACGGCGGCACGGGGAGAGGCGGCGCAUCAACGAGCCAUGCCGCAUCCGUAAACCAAGGCGGGACCCAAGCACGAGUCUACGCGAUGACCGAGGCGGAUGCGAGAGCAAAUCCGGACUCCGUUGCAGGUAAUACGCGUAUUCCCAUGUAUUUCUAGGCUUGCUUUGAUCAUAUACGUCGUUGGGAUUGAGUGUGGGCCACCUCGGGGUCGAACCGGGUGAGUUAGGCCGAAUCUGGCUGGAAACAGCCACUGCCGGCCAGGCACGCCCUCAGGCACGCCGUGCCUGGAAUCGUGCCUGGAAGGCAGUGGCACCCGAAGAGAAAAAGGGAAGAAAAAAAAAAAAAAAAAAAAAAAAAAAAAAAAAAAAAAAAAAUUUUGGGCCAGGCACGGCCGCAGGCACGCCGUGCCUGGCGUCGUGCCUGGAAGGCAGGCUCACCCCGAAGAAAAUUCAGCCAGGCACGGCCGCAGGCACGCCGUGCCUGGCGUCGUGCCUGGAAGGCAGGCUCACCCCGAAGGAAUUCGGCCAGGCACGGCCGCAGGCACGCCGUGCCUGGCACCGUGCCUGGGAGGCAGUGUUGAGCAGGAAGGGUCCGAUGCACGCACGGCCGUGCGUGCCACCCAGGCACGCCGUGCGUGGACCCCAGAACCCGGAAAUCGGAUUUUUCCGCCCCGUUCUUCUACGUUUGGACCCCCGUUCGAUUCCAAACAUUAGUAUGAACCUAAUAACCUUCCAAAGAUGUGUAAAAACAUUAGAAGAUGUAUCUCACAUGGUGUAUAAAUGUAGGAACGUUAAAGAUCAAUGGUAGGUGUGCGAGGAUCCUCAUUGAUACUGGGGCACAACGCUCAUUUGUGAGUGAGGCGUUCGCCGAGGGCCUUGACGUGCCAUUGACACCUAUGACGCAAACAUUGCUAGUUUCCACACCGUUAGGAGACGACGUGGAGAGAAAUCAUUACUAUCCGUCGUGCGAGGUAGAAGUGACGGGUCAACCUUUGACUUGUGAUUUCGUACCUCUAAGCAUGUUGGAGUUCGAUGCAAUCCUAGGAAUGGAUUGGCUCGAGAAACACCAUGCUCGAGUAGAUUGCUACACCAAGGUGUUAGAGCUCGAGGAUGAUCAAGGAAACACACUAUGUUUCGAGGGAGAUCGGGGGAAAUCUAAUGCUUGUAUAAUAUCCGUGAUGAGAGCACGGAAGAUGAUGAGGAAGGGAUGCCACGCAUACCUUGCCUACGUGGUGGACGAUACCAAGAAGGAAGUCGACAUCAAAAAUGUACGGGUCGUGUGCAAAUACCCGGAUGUCUUUCCCAAAGACCUACCGGGGCUUCCACCCGAUAGAGAGAUAGAGUUUGUAAUUGAAGUGGAGCCGGGAACCAAACCCAUUUCGAUUCCUCCUUAUCGAAUGGCGCCGGCCGAACUCCAAGAGUUGAAGGUCCAACUACAAGAAUUACUGGACAACGGGUUCAUCAGACCCAGUCAUUCACCGUGGGGAGCACCCGUACUCUUCGUAAAAAAGAAGGAUGGUACACUAAGAAUGUGUAUUGACUACCGACAGUUGAACAAGGUCACAAUCAAAAACAGAUAUCCCUUACCGAGGAUUGAUGACUUGUUUGAUCAACUUCGAGGGGCCAUAGUAUUCUCGAAGAUUGACUUGAGGUCGGGGUAUCAUCAGUUGAAGAUCAAGGAGAGUGACAUACCUAAGAGCGCAUUUCGCACUAGAUAUGGUCACUACGAGUUUCUUGUGAUGUCAUUUGGUUUAACCAAUGCACCGGCGGCAUUCAUGGACUUGAUGAACCGUGUGUUUAGUGAAUACUUAGAUCAAUUUGUGAUAGUAUUCAUUGAUGAUAUCUUAAUAUACUCCAAGAGCGAGGAGGAGCACGAACAUCAUUUGGGGCUUAUACUUGAUCGGCUAAGGGAAAAGCAACUCUUUGCCAAGUUCUCUAAAUGCGAAUUUUGGCUCAAGGAGAUUGGUUUCCUCGGUCAUGUCAUAUCUGGUUCGGGCGUUGCUGUGGAUAACGCCAAGAUAAAAGCUAUCAUGGAUUGGGAGAGACCCAAGAAUGUGAAAGAGAUACGUAGUUUCCUUGGCUUAGCGGGAUACUAUCGUAAAUUUGUGGAAAAAUUCUCCGUAUUGGCGUCCCCAUUAACGAAGCUCACAAAGAAAGGGGCCAAGUUCAUAUGGGACGACAAGUGUGAGAAGGGGUUCCUUGAAUUGAAGAAACGACUUACCGAAGCACCAGUCCUUGCCCUACCCAUACAGGGGAUAGGGUAUGACAUUUACAGCGAUGCUAGCAUCCAAGGACUUGGAUGUGUACUGAUGCAAAACGGUAAAGUGAUUGCCUAUGCUUCAAGGCAAUUGAGAAAGCACGAGGUGAACUACCCUACCCAUGAUCUAGAAUUAGGGGCGGUAGUGUUUGCACUGAAAAUCUGGAGGCAUUAUCUCUACGGGGAGACAUGUCACAUUUUUACAGACCAUAAGAGCUUGAAGUACGUAUUCACUCAGAAAGAGUUGAAUAUGAGGCAGAGAAGAUGGAUGGAGUUGAUCAAGGACUAUGACUUGAUCAUCGACUAUCAUCCAGGAAGGGCCAACGUCGUGGCCGACGCACUGAGCAGAAAGAGUACGUCGGGGACGCUACUCACAUGCCUACAGGCAUUGAGGGCGCGCGUGGAGGUGUCCACGUGCGGGGCUCUCAUUGCUCGAUUCGAGGUUAGGCCCACCCUAUUGGGCGAGAUUAGUCGAAGUCAGGCCAUUGAUGAGGAAUGUCAGAAAAUCCGCGAACGGAUCCUUGAGGGGCCCGUCGAGAAUUUUCGGGUACGUGAUGACGGUCUUCUACUAUUUAAGGAUCGUGUGUGCAUACCAAAGAAUGAGGAACUCAAGAAAUCUAUACUUGAGGAGGCUCAUUCUUCAGCUUAUGCUAUGCAUCCAGGAGGUACUAAGAUGUACCGAGAUUUGAAGGAAAGUUACUGGUGGUCAGGUAUGAAGAGAGACAUUGCUGAGUAUGUGAGUCGGUGCCUUACUUGCCAGCAAGUUAAGGCAGAGCAUCAGCACCCGGCAGGGCUUUUGCAGCCACUCACCAUCCCAGAGUGGAAGUGGGAGCACGUGACCAUGGACUUCGUGGUGGGGCUACCACGAACAGUGAACAACUAUGAUGCAGUUUGGGUAGUGGUUGAUAGGCUCACCAAGAGUGCACACUUUUUGCCUAUCAACAUUACUUAUCCUCUUGAAAGAUUGGCCAAGCUUUACACGGAGGAGAUUGUGAGACUACAUGGAGUCCCGAUAUCCAUUGUUUCGGAUAGGGAUCCACGAUUCACAUCCCGAUUUUGGCCAAAGUUUCAAGCAUCGCUGGGUACUAAACUGAAGUUUAGCACAGCUUUUCACCCACAGACGGAUGGACAGUCCGAGCGGGUGAUACAGAUUUUGGAAGACAUGCUUAGGGCAUGUGCUUUGGAGUUCCAAGGAAGUUGGGACAAACAUUUGGCCCUAGUGGAGUUUGCUUAUAACAACAGUUAUCAAGCAAGUAUCGGCAUGCCUCCAUAUGAGGCAUUGUAUGGGAGGAAAUGUAGAACACCGUUGUGUUGGGACGAGGUUGGCGAGGCCAAACUCGAAGGGAUAGAGCUGGUUGAGAUUACCAAGGCCAAGGUAAGGAUCAUUCGGGAUAGAUUGAAGGCUGCUCAGGACCGACAGAAGAGUUAUGCUGAUAAACGGCGGAGACCGUUGGAGUUCGAAGUCGGUGAUGAGGUCUUCCUAAGGAUUUCUCCUUGGAAGGGCAUCAUUCGAUUCGUAUCGAGGGGAAAGCUUAACCCCCGAUACAUCGGUCCAUUUGAAAUCCUUGAAAGGAUAGGGGCCGUGGCUUACCGUCUCAAGUUGACGCCUGAACUUGAGAAGAUACAUGACGUGUUUCAUGUAUCAAUGCUCAAGAAAUACAUACGAGACCCAUCUCAUAUUCUUGAGAAACCACCGGUAGAGAUCCGUGAGGACUUGCAAUAUGCGGUGGGACCAGUGAAGAUUGUUGGUCAACAAGUGAAGAAGCUUAGGAAUAAGGAGAUUCCUAUGGUAAAGGUUCUUUGGAGAAGUGAUCGAGUCGAAGAAGAAACUUGGGAGACCGAGGUCUCAAUGAGGGAGCAAUACCCAUUUCUUUUCGAUUAGAUACUUGGAUUUCGGGGACGAAAUCCCAAAUAAGGGGGGGUGAACUUGUAACACCGUCCCCAAAUAUAUUUACUUUUAUGUAAAUAAUGUAUUGAACCUUACUAAGGGAUUAAUGAAUUUACGAAGUUGUAAAUUUUUAUUAUUUCUUUCGCGUGAAAAGUAAAUUGCACGUGGGACCCACACCGGGAGCGGGGGGCCGCCCGACAUUCCCGAGACCAUAUAUUUUAUUCAUCUUGGUCUAGAUAAUAAAUAUAUAGUGGUGAAUAUUUCAUUUGGACCAUGGAAAGGCCCAGAGUUGACCGAUUCGUCAAAAGAAGCCCAAAUUACCGGUACUGGUAAUUUAACUGAUAACAGCCCGAACUGAAUUUCGGAGGCUUAUAAAUUAAAGUUGGGGAAUGUAUAUUCAUUAUACAUGUCAUAAUGAGUAAGAGCACAUAAUAUAUUUUAUUUGACCCGAUAAAAUAAAAUAUAUUUAAAACAGUCCGAAAAAUACAACUUUCGGGACCGAUUGUACACUUCGGGACAAAAAGGGUUGACCUCCCACAUGAGUGGGGGCCAACCCACGAAUUUGGACACUCAAGGAGAGUGUUGGCCGGCUGGUGGGAUAGGGAAGUAUGGGGAGGGGAUUGUGAUAUGAAGGAAAUGGCAUCAAAGGUACCUAAAGUGGACCCCCAUUCUACACUCAUUGGAUUAAUGAGACAAAAGCUCAUCCCCAUCCCCCUCUCUCCCUAAUUUUCGGCCAUCCCUCAUCCAGCAAGAGCAAGAGAGCUUCCACCUUCCUUCUCCAUUGUUGAAGAGAGCUCAACAAGAAGAAAUCCCAAGAAAAGGAACUAAAGUGCUAAAAGUGUGAAUAAUUAAGGCACUUGUAAAGGGUGUUUCAAGUGAUUUCACAAAGUUGGAAAAGUCGCCGGAGUUGUCGCCGGAGUUGACCAAAAGUCGCCGGAGUUUCACCGGAGUUCAACCAAGAAGGGUAGAACUUCAAAACGCUAGCUCAAGGUUGAAGCUAGAGCUUGCUACUUGCACCUUCUCACGGGUGAUAUCACAUCAGGAAGACGUGGUUCGUGCUUCCUUAUUUUCUUUCAAACUACCGAACACUUGCUCAUGGAUAUUUGUUUACUAUAAACACUUUUUGGGCUUGCAUGCCCAUGUUGUUGGCCGGUUGUGGCUCAUGACUUACCGUUGAAUAUUUCCGCUAUUCAUUGGUUUAAA